UAGAACUUUAGCUACGCGGUGCAGUGUAGCAGUAAAAUAGUGACCUUGCAAAACCUAUACCUAAAGCCACUUAGUCAAUAUUAUUGCCCUAUAAAUUGAUGCAAUUCGUUACGCUUUCUCAAUCAUCUUCACUGCAUUUUGAUUCCCCUCUUACUCACUUGCAUCUUAUUUCAGAGAGAGAGAGAGAGAGAGAGAGAGAGAGAGAGUUUUGAUAUAUACCAUAGCUAGCUAGCCAUGAAUUCACCAACGAAUGUUUCUCGCACUUUUUAUUCGGCCAUUGCUUCUGCCUUGCUCUUGUUUUCGCUAUUAAUGAGUACGCCUACUAACGCACAAUUAUCUUCUACCUUUUACGACAAUACCUGCCCCAAUGCACUCAACACUAUCCGAACCUCAAUCAGACAAGCCGUAUCACGUGAACGCCGGAUGGCGGCAUCGCUAAUUCGACUCCAUUUCCAUGAUUGCUUUGUUCAGGGUUGUGAUGCAUCAAUCUUACUUAGUGAGGCCGCUAUCUCAACGAGUGAGCAGACUGCAGCGCCUAAUGCAGGUUCUGCAAGAGGUUAUGAAGUCAUAGAUGCCGCCAAGGCUGAGGUGGAGAAAAUAUGCCCACAAAUUGUUUCAUGUGCUGACAUACUUGCAGUAGCUGCACGAGACGCGUCGUUUGCUGUGGGUGGUCCGUCGUGGACAGUAAAACUUGGAAGAAAAGAUUCUACCACAGCCAGCCGUGAUCUAGCAAACUCCGAUCUUCCCUUCUUCCGAAGUAACGUCAACCAGCUUAUUGAAAACUUCGCUAGGAAGGGGCUUAGUGCAAGGGACAUGGUUGCCUUAUCAGGGGCACACACCAUAGGACAGGCACAAUGCUUCACAUUUAGCGACCGGAUAAACAGUAAUGGAAGCGACAUUGAUGCUGGCUUUGCUAGCACACGCAUGCGUGGUUGCAGGAAUGCAAAUUUAGCACCUCUUGAUCUGGUGACGCCCAAUUCGUUCGACAACAACUACUUCAAAAACCUAAUUCAAAAGAAGGGCCUUCUCGAGUCGGACCAAACACUUUUCAGUGGAGGACCAACCGACAGUAUUGUUUCACAAUAUAGCAGCAACCCUGCGACGUUUAAAUCCGAUUUCGCUGCUGCCAUGGUCAGAAUGGGAGAUAUAAUUGAUCCUGUCACCAGUCAAAAUGGGGUCAUAAGGAGGAUUUGCAGUGCUCUAAACUAGAACCAUGCAUAUCUUCCAGCAGUUGGAAAACUCUUUUAUUCCGUUAGGAAUCGGUCAAUUUAUUUCCGUUUAAUUUUGUUAAACCCAUAUAUCCUUGUUGAGUCUUGUUACUAAUGCAAUUAAUUGAAGAUGAAUAGUCAAAUCCUCAAAGUUUCCCCCUUCUUAAUUGUAAUUUAUUUCAUUGUUUUGUAAUGAAUAAAUUUGUUGCAACUGUAUAUGAAUUGAAAGCAAAACAAUAGUCUGC